UAAAACACAGGUAUAAAAACAAAAUAUUCACAGUUAAAUAGUUGGUUUUUAAUUUCAAGUUAUUAAAAUAGUCAGUUCAAAAGUUUAAAAAGUAAAAUUCUAUAUAUCAUUAUAAAUUAGGGAUUUGAUUUGAAAAAUGAAUUUAAUAUUUUGCGUGGUUUGGUGUUGCCUUUGGUGGAGUUCUUCGGCUACUUAUGACAGUAAAAGUUAUAAGAGACUAGGGGGCAUUGGAAAACCAAAUAGUACAGCAAUAACGAGAAAUCGGAUUUACGAAAACAAAUGGUUUGAACAGAGACUGGAUCAUUUCAAUCCUACUGAUACUAGAACGUGGAAGCAGAGAUAUCAAAUGAAUUUGAAAUAUUACAAACGAGGGGGCCCAGUGUUUUUGCGAUUAGGAGGUGAAGACGGGAUUUCACAUAAUUGGAUAAACAGUGGUGCUUGGAUCGAAUACGCUGAAAAAUGUAAUGCCUUGUGUUUUCAAUUAGAACAUCGGUAUUAUGGAAGAAGUCAACCCACUAUAAAUGCAAGUACUUCAAAUUUACUAUACCUUAAUAUUGAACAAGCAUUAGCUGAUUUAGGAAGAUUUAUAAACACCAUAACAAGCGAAAACGAAUCAUUGUUGUCUAAUGCUAAAUGGAUAGUAUUUGGAGCUUCUUAUGCAGGAAGUUUAGCUGCCUGGGCAAGAAUGAAGUAUCCACAACUCGUACACGCAGCAGUUUCGUCAAGUGGCACUUUAGGCGCGAAAAUAGAUUUUCCAGACUAUUAUAUGACUACCCAAAGUGCAUUAUCAGAUUAUAAUCCAAAAUGCGCUAGGCAUAUAAACGAAGCAACUUCAAUGAUUAACGAUUAUUUAAAAACCGUCGAUGGAGCCAAAUAUAUUGAUAACAAAUUCAAAACGUGUGUUCACAUAGACAUAAAGAAUAAAAAAGAUAUAACACAAUUUUUUAACAACUUAGCUAUACCUAUUGCAUUAGCUGUACAAAACAAUAACAACAACAGAUAUUACGCAGAUACUGAACAAAUGUCAUCUAUAACAAUAUCAUCAAUAUGUAGUAUGAUGUUAGACAGGGCAUUAGGAAAUUCACUUGAAAGAUAUGCAGAUGUACACAGAAGACUAAGAUCCGCUACUAGAACAACAUGUACACCUCACGUGUAUCAAGCUGCAAUUAAAGCUUUUAAGGAAACGUCUUGGAACUCACAAUAUUUGCAUACUGGAGAUCGACAAUGGCUUUAUCAAUCCUGUACAGAAUUAGGUCAUUUUGCAACAUCCCAUCAAGAUAAUAACCUUUUUGGUAAUAUCAUUCCAUUAAAAUAUUUUACUGAUAAAUGCAGUGAAGUUUUUGGAAAAUCAUAUAACUUAAAUGCAUUGCUUAAUGCAGUCCAUAAAGCAAAUUCGAUGUACACUUUUAUGAAAAAGAAAACAAGCAGGGUUAUUUAUUUACACGGAUGUUUAGAUCCGUGGAAAAAAUUAGGUCUUAAUCAACCACAAUCAGGAAAUUCCGUUUCAAUUGUCAUUGAAGGAGUGUCUCAUUGUGCAGAUUUUUAUCCUUCUUCUUCAUCGGACCUUCCUCAGUUAACUAAAGCUCGUAAAACAGUUUUAUAUAAUUUAAAAAAAUGGUUGUCGGAGAAUGAUAAUUGAUUUUUUUAUCGUGCUAAAAAAUUAAGCAACACACCUCUACUCAAUUAAUGACCAUAACUUCACUUGUUUAAAUUAUAUAAAAUAAUACUUGAACAAACGAUGUCUAUACUUAAACCAAUUAAUAUAUUAAUUUUAAGCUCGUAUAUUAUUAUUAUGUAUUCAUCUAUAAAAAGAAAAUAUACACUAAUAGCCCUACUAUUGGUGAUGCGUAAAUAUAAUAAUACGUCUUAUAUACAAUAAACACUAUCUACAAAACUAUAA